CAUCAGCCAAGAACGCCUGGGAUGCCGACGCUCCUGGCCAGACGCAGGAGGAGGAGGGUCCUGCCGGCUAAGAGUUAACCAGCCCCGCACAGCGAGGGGGGAGACAACCAGUUUUCUGGGGACACUGGUUUCGGUCACAGACUGCCACUGUACUCCUACCCAGGGGAGCUCCCAGAGAGUUGGAUGAAUUCUGGGUUGUUAGCUGCUGUCAGCUGGGCUCCCGGGAGCCUGUUCCUGGUGGAAAGCAGGGGGCGUCUGGCCAAGGGACCAGCGGCUCGCUGAGACUCAACAUGACCCUCCUGGGGGCUGAGCACUCUUUGCUGAUUAGGAGCAAGUUCAGAUCAGUUUUGCAGUUACGACUUCAACAGAGAAGGACCCAAGAACAACUGGCCAACCAAGGCAUAAUACCAUCACUGAAAAGUCCAACUGUAUUCCAUGAGCAAAGAAAACAUUUGGAUAGUAACAAGGCUGAAGACACUCUGAAGCGCAAGGCCAGAAACAGGUCCAGUGGUGCUGGCUUGGUUACUAUGCACAUACUCCAGGCCUCCACUACAGAGAGGUCCAUUCCAACUGCUCAGAUGAAGCUGAAGAGAGCCCGACUUGCAGAUGAUCUCAAUGAAAAAAUUGCCCUCCGUCCAGGGCCGCUGGAGCUGGUGGAGAAGAACAUUCUCCCUGUUGAUUCUACUGUGAAAGAAGCCAUAAAAGGUAACCAGGUGACUUUCUCCAAAUCUACAGAUGCAUUUGCCUUCGAGGAAGACAGCAGCAGCGAUGGACUUUCUCCAGAUCAUACUCGAAGCGAAGACUCCCAGGGCCCAGCAAGAUCCCCUCCAGACACUAAAGCUAAGGAGACCUCUUUGGCAGGUCCUCCGGGUACAAUACAGGAUCUCACUUCUGGCUCAGAAAAUGACAGGAAUGACUCAGUCUCACAGCCCAGCAACCAGUCAGAUGCAGGGAAGCAGGGGCUUGGGCCCCUCAGCACCCCCAACCCUGUACAUGCUGCUGUCAAGUCCAAGUCCUUGAGUGACAGUAAGAACCGCCACAAAAAGCCCAAGGACCCCAAGCCAAAGGUGAAGAAGCUGAAAUAUCACCAGUACAUCCCCCCAGACCAGAAGGCGGAGAAGUCGCCUCCGCCCAUGGACUCGGCCUAUGCUAGGCUGCUCCAGCAGCAGCAGCUCUUCCUGCAGCUCCAGAUCCUCAGCCAGCAGCAGCAGCAGCGGCUCAGCUACCCUGGGGUUCACCACGCACAACUCAAGGAACCAAAUGAACAGAUGGUUAGAAAUCCAAACUCUUCUUCUACACCACUGAGCAAUACCCCUUUGUCUCCUGUCAAAAACAGUUUUUCUGGACAAACUGGUGUCUCUUCUCUCAAACCAGGCCCACUCCCAUCAAACCUAGAUGAUCUGAAGGUUUCUGAAUUGAGACAACAGCUUCGAAUACGAGGCUUGCCAGUGUCAGGCACGAAGACAGCCCUCAUGGACAGGCUUCGGCCCUUCCAGGACUGUCCUGGGAACCCCAUGCCCAACUUCAGCGAUAUAACGACCGUCACUUUUCCUGUCACGCCCACCAACACCCUGCCCAAUUACCAGUCCUCCCCUUCCACCAGCGCCUUGUCUAACGGCUUCUACCACUUCGGCAGCACCAGCUCCAGCCCCCCCAUCUCACCUGCCUCGUCCGACCUAUCGAUGGCUGGGUCCCUGCCAGACACCUUCAACGACGGGUCACCCUCCUUCGGCCUCCACCCAUCCCCUGUGCACCUCUGCCCCGAGGAAAGCCUUGUGAGCAGCCUGAACGGGGGCAGUGUGCCUUCUGAGCUGGAUGGGCUGGACUCUGAGAAGGACAAGAUGCUAGUGGAGAAGCAGAAGGUGAUCAAUGAGCUCACCUGGAAGCUGCAGCAGGAGCAGAGGCAUGUGGAGGAGCUGCGCAUGCAGCUGCAGAAGCAGAAGAGAAGCAAGUGCUCCGAGAAGAAGCCACUGCCCUUCCUGGGAGCCCCCAUCAAGCAGGAAGAUGCUGUCUCCAGCUGCCCUUUUGCAUCCCAACAAAUGCCUGGGAAAAGACAAAGCAACAACUCGGACAGCACAGCUCAGGCGUGUGAAGCUGCUCCACUCCUCCUGCCCCCUGGGAGCAGCCACUGUGUGGAGUCCUCUGGUCAAACCAACGUUCUUUCUUCCACGUUUCUCAGCCCACAGUGCUCUCCGCAGCACUCACCACUUGGGGCUGUGAAAAGCCCGCAGCAUAUUAGUUUGCCCCCCUCCCCAAACAACCAUUACUUCCUAGCUUCGUCUUCAGGCACUCAAGGAGAAGGGCACAGGGUCUCCUCACCUGUCAGCACCCAGGGGUGUACUGCACAGAGCUCAGGAGUGCAUGAGGGCCAUCCUCCAAGCUUCUCUCCGCAGCCUUCCAGCCUCCACCACCCUUUCUCUGGAGCCCCAGCAGACAGCAGUCAUGGUGCUGGGGGAGACCCUUGUCCUAAAAGCCCAGGUGUACAGCAAAAGAUGGCUGGUUUACACUCUUCUGAUAAGUCAGGGCCAAAGUUUUCAAUUCCAUCCCCAACAUUUUCUAAGUCAACUUCAGCAGUUCCAGAGAUAACACAGCCUCCAUCCUAUGAAGAUGCAGUAAAGCAGCAGAUGACUCGCAGUCAACAGAUGGACGAACUCCUGGAUGUCCUCAUUGAGAGUGGAGAAAUGCCCGCAGAUGCCCGAGAGGAUCAUUCAUGUCUACCAAAAGUCCCAAAGAUGCCCAGGUCUUCCCGAAGCCCUACUGCUGCCCUCCCCAAGCCCUCAGCUUCCUUUGAACAAGCAUCUUUAGGGGCCCAGCUACCGUUCGAUCACUAUGGCACAGACAGUGACGAGCACCUUGAAGUCUUAUUAAAUUCCCAGAGCCCCUUAGGAAAGGUGAGCGAUGUCGCCCUUCUAAAAAUUGGGAGUGAGGAGCCUUCUUUUGAUGGCAUGAUGGAUGGAUUCUCGGGAAAGGCUGCAGAAGACCUCUUCAAUGCACAUGAGAUCUUGCCAGGCCCCCUCUCCCCGAUGCACACUCAGUUUUCACCUUCUUCUGUGGACAGCAAUGGGCUACCGUUAAGCUUCACCGAAUCUCCCUGGGAAACCAUGGAGUGGCUAGAUCUCACUCCGCCAAGUUCCACACCAAGCUUCAGCUCCCUCACCACCAGUGGACCCAGCAUCUUCAACAUUGAUUUUCUGGAUGUCACGGAUCUCAAUUUGAAUUCUCCCAUGGACCUUCACUUACAGCAGUGGUAGAACGCCUGACGCACAAGUGCUAAGAAAGACAAAUAGAAUUUCACAACCAUAAAUAUUUAUAUUAUUCAAACAGAGGAGCAGGAGUGGGGAAGGAGGAGAUUGAAAAGAAGUGAUGGAGACUUCUGUGACAACCAACAAGCACAAAUAAGAGUCAUUAUAUAUAUAUACUGUAAUAUUUACCAACAUUCAAUGACUGUUAAUGACUUUAGUAAUGCUCUUAAAAAUGUGCUUUCUCAGAUCAAAAAUGCCAAAAAAAUUCUUUCACUACCUUUUCAAACACCAGUAUUUUUUCUAGCCCAUAAUUUAAUUAAGGUAUUGUUAGGGCAUAAUCUCACGUCAUAAGCUUUUCUUGUGAGUUUAUUGGACCUACUGUGGAAAGAAAAUGUAAAUUCUUUGGGGAAUACAGGGAAGUGAAUCCAUCAAAGAUUAUGAAAGGCAUACCUGUGAUGGAAGCUGAUUCUCAUCUCUCCACUACCUGCCUUUCAAAAUACCAUUAAAGCCCAAUUUCAGUUAUGGAGUUCUUGAGGCAGAAUAGAGGGACUGAAUCAAUUCUUUCCCAGGGAAGCAGAAUCAACUCAGUGUCCCUCUGCCACAAAGCUGCCCCAUUGGAGUGGUUUCCAAUCUUCUACCCAGGACUCUGUGUGGUCACUGAUAAAAACUAACCCACCCAGAACUUCCCUCUUUCUCAGCCAACUAGCCAAAUCACUCCCACUCUCUCUGUGGUGAUAAGCAUUGCCAAACAGACAAGAAAUUCCUGCCAUGGAAGGUUCUCCAACACAAUACCUUUUAGUUCCAAAGUUUAGUGAUGACCACCCAAGCAGAUCAAAGGGUCUGUCUAGCCUCAGGAAGCCCUGUCAGGGACAAUUCAGAAACACUAGAGAACAUUGUUUCACAUAUCAUGGGAAUAUGUACCAAAAUACCAAUCCUUUCUUGCUUCUCUUUUGAAUAUAUAUUUUUUCCUGCCCCAACAUUGGGAGAAGAGGACUUCUCACAUCUAAGAAUCUGCCAUAUUCCUAGUAAAGCCAUAUUUUAAAAAGCUAAAACUCCAGGUUUUCCUGGAAAACUCCUUCUCCAUAUGCAUAAUUUGCUGCCAAAGGAAGUUGAAAGAAUGUCCUUAGGAAGAAACUGGUGACUUAGCCCAUUGGUCACAAAGCUCAUUCUACCCUCAUUUGAUGUACAGCAAUCAUUGAUUUGGGUUGCUCUGGGGGAGUUGGAAAUCGUUAUAUUGUAAAGAUAAAUAUGAAAUACAUUAACAAGGAGAGAGUAUUUUAGGUAUGGAUUUCUGAAAGAAAACACAAUUGUGUAUUGAAGAUGAUGGAAGGGAGAACAGACAAUGGUUUCGUGUGCAUUCCUUAUCACCUCUUAGGCUUCGGCUGGGAGCUGAAAAACUCAGAUGUCAGGACGGUCUCCCUAAGGCUCACUGUGGCUUCACCCCACUGUGUUUAUAGUGUUGCAUGCUGUAGAAAAUAGUUCCUGCUGUUGUUUUUAUAAUUUAAAUCACUAAGGCACUGUUUUCUCAUUUUGUAAAAAAUGUUGUUCACUGUGCACUUACAGAGAAAAUAACCAAAAAUGUUGUGAUUUUAGUUCUCUUUUGAUAAAUUGAAGAUUUAGAAGUCAUUCCAUUGUUACCUUGUUAACUUGUGUGAACAGAGUGUUUUUGGUGACUGCUACUCUGAAAGCUGCCAGAUCUUACUGGGGGGGGAGGAUAUAUAUAAAAUACACACACAUGCACAUGUGAUAAGUAUAUAUAUAUGUAUGUGUGUGUGUGUGUGUAGGCACACAUACAUAUACAUGUAUGUAUACAUACACAUGUGCAUAUGUGUAUGCAUCUUGAAAAGCAGUGUUACAGAGUUCUACACCAAAAACCUUUAAGCCUCGAUCUGCUGUGAAAUGAUACUUGGCCUUUCUCACUGCAAGUUCUAAUUAACCAACCAGACUACACGUUGCCUCUCUGUGUAUGACUAAUGGCUCCAGCCUGAUGACUCACAGCCACUUGCUUACCAUGAACAAGCUCAUCUUGACAAUGAAUAUGGAUGUGAAAAUACAGAAUAGCUUCACCAUUAGAAGCUGGAAAUGGCAAUACAGUCUCUCAUAGAAGAGCAUAAAAGGAACCUAAAAAUUGUUUUACAUUCCUUGAUCGGCAUUGUGCUUUAAAAGAUCCAAAUGGUAAAUUUUUCAUUUUGCUUUUAUGUCAGUCAUCAGAACCAAAAAUCUAGAGGGAAAAUUAUCAGUCUUUUCUCUGAAGCCGAAGCAUGGGAAGAAACCCUAUUAACACAUUCCUCAUAUUGGUUUAUUCCUCAGAUGUUGAAAUUCCAUUUGGAUCUUAACAAAGCUUGCUGGUCAGUACAUUUUUUCAUGUGUUACAUUGUGUGUUUUGUAUGUUAUUCCCCACCCCCUUACUUCCUUUGGAAAACAAACCAUAGUGUCCCUACUAUGAGACUGUGGUCUGAGUGUUAAUUAUUUUUUUCUUUGGGUAUUUUUGUCUGAAGGAAUAGACUUGGUUCGGAGGCCUCUGUACUUUGUAAGUUUCUGCAUCUUUAGGGAUCCUUUUAGGAUAUUACCUUGUACUGAUAUACACAACUCACAGUUGCCAAAAGAUGGAUCCUAUUUGCUACUGCAAACCAGCAAACUCAACACAAAUCAGACCCCUGGACUGUUGGUUGCAACCUCCUUCCACAGUCUCCACACAGCAUAUUCACUCUGUCUCUUCGUAGCUCAGAUGGGGUGUUUAUGGAAUAAAAUUGGGGAUAAUUGGGAGAAAAUUGAUGAAGUUGGGUUCUCCCCAUGGGGGAGAUAAUUCAUGGUAAAAAUUCAUCUGCCUCCUAUUAAGAAUUUUUCUUUUAAGUUCUUUUAAACUCUUAGUUGUGUACUCUAUUUUGGUGACAAGUUGGACCUGACAAAAAGGUGUACAGAGACUUAUAAAGAUGACCAUAUUCAUGUUUCUUAAUGCCCUUAGAGCCUGAAAAGGACUACCUGUGAUUUUCCUAAUGCCCCUGGAAUCUGUGGUGAAGCAGACCUGAAGAUCUGCAGCCACUGUGAAUGCUGUUGUAGCCCCUUAGGUUCAUACUGAUCCAGCGGAGUUGGGAAAUUCAUUCCUGCAAAUGCUUCCAUUAAGCCAGUACUCAUUAGUAGUAGCCCUGCUUCUAAAAAUGUUAUCAAUAUGACACACACUUUCUAUUAUAAGGGACAGAGAGGGAAAGGGAAAAGAAAGGAGGAAGGAAG